UAAACAGCUGCAGCAUGUAGUGGGGAGAGAGAACGUGAAGCUGUAGUUUGACACUAUGUCUGUGUUUCAGUAUAAUCGUGUGGACUUCUUCUUCACUUGUCUUGGCCUGGUGUUCCUGCUGCUUGACAUCGGGCUGGACAUUUUUGCGGCUGUUUCUUUCUACCAGGAAAAGGCGUACGUGAGCCUCAGCAUACUGCUGCUGUUCCUGGUGGGCUCGUCGGUCCUGGUCCAGGCCUACAGCUGGCUCUGGUACAGCUACGAGGACUUUGAGAGGCAGACAAAGGUCGAGAGCUGCCUGACCCUGAGUCAGCUCCGGCUGCUGCACUGGCUCCAGCUGGGAAUCUACUUCAGACAUGCAGGUGUUGUGGAGGUUUCCAUUCGCAGCUUCUGCACUAAGAUGACUGAGGGCUGCGCUGUGUACCUGAGUCACGACCUCAGCAUGCUGCGGCUCAUCGAGACGUUUUCAGAGAGCUCCCCUCAGCUCGUCCUCAUGCUCACCAUCAUCCUGCAGCGAGGAGAGCUUGACCCUGUCACAGUGUUGAAGGCCCUCGGUUCGGCCUCGGCCAUCGCCUUCAGUGUGACCACGUACCACCGCUCCCUGCGCUCCUUCCUGCCUGAGAAGGAGAAGCAGCAGAUCGUCUCCUCUGUGAUCUACUUCCUGUGGAACCUGUUCCUCAUCUCCUCCCGCCUCACCUCCCUCGCCCUCUUCGCCUCCGUGCUGCCCUGCUUCAUGUGCGCCCACUUCUUCUGCUCGUGGCUGCUCUUGUUGUUCUUCGUGUGGCGCUGUAAAACGGACUUUAUGGAGAGUCCUGUGGGGGAGUGGCUGUACCGAGCCACCGUGGGUCUGAUCUGGUAUUUCAACUGGUUUAACGUGGUGGAGGGGAAGACCAGGUUCAGGACUCUGCUCUACCACGGCUUCAUCGUGGCUGAUGUUUCCCUCCUCUGCGGCCUGUGGUGCUGGAGGAUGAACACAGAGGAGCUUUAUUUUGAAAUCCCACACACUGUAAUCGCUGCGGUCAGUGUAGUUUCCAUCUACCUCUUCGGCCUCUUACUAAAAAUCAUAUAUUAUAAAUGUUACCACCCGAACCUGAGCAAAGAGGAGCUGAAAGGAGUCACGUCUGUGGAGGAGCUGGCGAGGAGUUCGCCGCUCUCUGGAGACGAAGUAGACUCAGGUUUGGUGUCGGGGCGCAGCUUUCCCAGUCCACCGGCCCCCGACCUCAAACACAACAAGAGGAUGAGGAAGCUGGCCGAGAACUUCUACUCCUGACCUCCGUCACUUGACCUCCGUCUCCACGGGACAUGGAGGUCAGACAGAGACGUCCGUCAUCAUGAUCAUGUGACCUGCUCAUUGAUACAGUCUCACCAAACACUACUGAGAUCUCUUUAUUCUCAUAGGCACUUUCUGAAAAUGGAGGAGCAGUGACGUCACAGGAACAGUAAUAAUUUCAUAUUUUAACAGACAUUAAAAAAAGGAAUUAUUAAUAUAGGAUCGAUUAACCAUCAAUAAAUACGUCACAAAAACCAUUUAUAAAAACAUUUAUUAAUUAAUGGAUGAAUGAUAGAAUUUGAAAAGACAUUUUAAAAUGGGAAUACGUUCCUGGAUUCACUCUUCAAUUUCCAUUUCCUCUUCCUUAGCUAAUGGAUUAGCCAAGUCAUUUAGCUUCUCCGGUUAGCCUUCAGUGCUGGUAAAACCCUUUUUCAUAUAGGUGAAGUCUACAGAUAUGACUGGUUAGCUCUCCAACCAAUCAGAGAGCUUGUAACAUCCCAUGGCCAAUCAGGAUUGUUUAUCCUGGUUUUACAUCACUGAAGGCCAGAGUGUCACAGAGAGGCUAACAGGAGAUGCUAAAUGACUAAGCUAAUCGAUUAGCUUAUAGGAAAUGGAAAUUGAAGCUGGAAUCCGGGAACGUGUUCCCAUUUUUAAAAUCUCUUCUUUCAAAUUCUAUUUAUUCAUGAAUUAAUAAAUGUAUUGACAAAUGGUUUAUUUAAUAAGAGUUUUAUGUUUUUGUCCAUCCAUUUUAAAAUCUUUAGUAUCUAUUGAUGGAUUAAUCGAUCAUUUACAAUUCCUAUUGUUAAUGUCUAUUAAAAGAUGAAAUUACAGAAAUGCUCUAAUACUUUUCGUCCAUAUCUGCUGCGUAUUCAUCUGGUGCUACAAAAGCAAAUGAAGCUGCCAAUCAAUUUGUAAUAUGUUGUGAAUGUUGAUAUGAACUGGUGUUAUAUCAGGUGAACCUGUCCUUUAACAGCUGAUCUCAUGGUGCACAAACAUUCCUGACUUUAUUUUUAUAUUUAUUCUAGAUACGUUUAUCAAUUUUGUCUAAUUAUGUUUUUAAAAAGUUUUUAUAAUUGAUAAAUAAUAAAAACAAACUUGAGUCUGAAACUUUUUAAAAUUUAUUUACAUUGUAUUGAGUGUCUCAGGUUAUACAGGCAAACCUCCCGCACAGCCACCGAGGGAAAUAGUGAUUAUUGUAAUUAAAUUAGCAUUGAUUGAUUAUGAUGAUAUUGUUCAGUCUACAGGAUCACAUUCAGGCUCUCGACAUGACCCCAUGCAGCCUCACAGGUCCGUGAAAAUGAGAUGAAAUACUUUUAAAAAAAUAAUAGAAAAACAAAACCAGAGACAGCUUUUAACAACAACAACAACAACAACGACAGUUUUUGGCAUCGCUAAGAAAAAGAGACGCAGAGGUCCAAGAAUAUUCCACGGUUGUUUUUUUAAAAGGCCAGAAAACAGACAUGACAUGCAGACAAAGACAGGAAACGGAAAUGCAAAGACUGCAUAUGGUCUCUCGGUUUUCUCAUUUCCCUUGAACACUCAGCGAUCAAAGUCACGCAGCUUUUUGAACGAGCCUUUCACCCUCGUUAUCUGAUCUGCAUAAAACAAAAAACAAAAACGCAGCAUGUUUUACAGCCUGUGAUUGUCUUGAAGCGACGCAGCGUUUCACAGCAACAAUAAAAGCAAAGUCCUUUUCAAAAGGAGACAAACGUCUGAUGUAAAACAGACGUGAUUCAAGAGAAAGUCAAAUUUAAAAUUAAGAAAAACAAUGUAUUGUCACUGCAAAUUGAGAUAUCAAGAACUUAAUUAUCUGGAACCCUUCACUAAAACUGUUUUUGAUAAACACUCAGAAAUCAACAUCAAUAUCACCCCCCCCCC